AUGUUACAGGACACACUUCAGAAACUUCUCCAUCCUCCACCUCUAGCCGCAGUCCUCUUGCUGGUCUCGGUCAUCUUUGCGCUGCCUCAACAAUACAAGCGCCAGAUCUUUGGCCUGAUCGACCAUCUCCUUGCUCUCGACUUCAAGACCAUUCUGGAAGAGCUGCCAACGCCUGCUCAGGCAUGGGCUGUUUUGCUCUACAUCAAGUCUCGCUUCUUGGUGCCUCUUGUCAGGAUCCUUCUGGGCUGGGAGCUGGACGACUCUCAAGACGAUGGUGGCAACCCUUUCGGCAUUGGCAGCAGCAGCAGCAGUCUUUUGCACCCACUGCAGGACCAUCCAUUACAUCAACCCAAGGCCGCUACGGCCUCCUCGCUUCACUAUGUCCAUGGCCUUGUCAAUACAGGCAACUCUUGCUUCCUGAAUUCCGUCCUGCAGGCACUUUCGGCACUCUCGGUACUCUCGCCUUAUCUGGAGUCACUUUUGGACCGAUCGGAGGAUUUGCAGUUGGAUGAAGAUGAUCUCCAGGUUACAGAGGCAUUACUGGACACCAUGGAAGCUCUGCAAAAACCUCUGCCUUCGCACAAGGCUUUCCGACCAAGAGCUAUUGUCCAGGCGUUGGAGUCUUCGCGUUCAAAGGAUUCAAAGGCGUCAGGAUACCACAGCAACAUCAUGAACAGAGAGCAGCAGGAUGCACAGGAACUCUUUCAGAUCAUCUCCAGUGCACUCAGUUCAGAGGAGAACACUAUUCAAAAGCUCCAGUCGACGCGACCUCUGGUGGAUCUCGAGUUUCUGAAAAAGUUGGUCGGGAUGGAAUCGAGCAAUUUAGACCACCAAGUCAAGAAGAUGGAGUCCAAUCCAAUGAUCGGGAUGCUGGCCAGCCGUCUUUCGUGUAUGCAGUGCGGAUAUACAGAGGCAGUUCGGCACUUUACCUUUGACAACCUAUCGCUCUCAUUACCUUUGGCCCACUCUUGCAACAUCGAGGACUGCCUCCAACAAUAUAUCACCCUCGAGUCGCUCAAUGACGUCGUCUGCCGCAAGUGCUCUCUUAUCGCCACUCUGGAUCGCGUCGGCAACAAGCUGAAGCAAAUUGAUGCUCCAGCCGCAGCACAGGCCAAUAUCGCGCGGUCAGGUUGGCGCAGGAACAGAGGCAGGGAUAUGGACAUGAACAUUGACAGCGACUACCUGUCCGACAACAGCAGUACCACUUUUUCUGGAAGCGAGAGCGAGAGCGACGAUGAGACUUCGUCGCAGUACACCUCGGAGUUCGAGGAGAUGAGUCGGAGGAGGACAUCCAACCUGACGUUGACAAAGGCGGAGAAGGCAGCCAAAAAGUCAAAACUCCUUCAGCAGCGCAAGGUCCUGGAGGCGGCGAUUAAGUCGGAUGUGGAGAAGGCUCUUCCGGAUAUCAAACUCUCCAAGGUUGUCUCUCGUCAUUGCACCAAGCAGGUCAUGUUGGCCAAACCACCGUCGGUUCUGUGCCUGCAUUUUGUUCGAUCCCAGUACUCCAACUAUGGGACGGUAUCCAAGAACAGCUGCCAUGUCCAGUUCCCUGAAUAUCUGGAUCUGUCGCCCUUCUGCACCACGGGCGUUCUUUUGACACGACCCAACUUGCCCAUGUCGAUUUCGGAGCAGGAUUUGGAGAGGAUGGGAUAUGACGGGUCAGGAUCAUCAUCGUCGGCGUCGUAUGGAUCGAGCAAGAAGGAUUCAGAGCCAGCACGGAAAAAGGUGCUCUACAAGCUUCAGUCGAUCGUUGUUCAUUAUGGAGGACACUCAUACGGGCAUUUCAUAGCUUACCGUCGCAAGCCUGAGAGCAUGGUGUCAAAGGUUGGGCCAGUUGGGUUGGGACUGGACGUCGCAACGAAUGGGUCGGCAAGGAGUGGCUCGUAUUGUGGCGGUGGACGGAGAGAGGACUGGUUUAGAGUGUCGGAUGAAACAGUCGAGUCAGUCUCGCUGGAGAAUGUGUUGGGUUCGAACCCUUACAUGUGUCUGUAUGAGAAAGUUGAGAGCGAGCAAGACAAGGAAAGCCGGACGCGGAGCAAUGUUACGUCGAGUUUGUCGCUUCAGUCUGUCGAGCUUGGACUUCGGGCGCUCUUGCAGAAGGGUCUGAGGAUUCGAACAGAUGGCAAUGAGACCAAGGAGAGCCAAGACGCGAGGGAGACAUUGAGUGACGAGGAGCAGUACCGGGUAAAACGCAACAGCAACAUCAGUCGUAGCGGUCCUUCUACAAUCAGGCCUCGAGCAGAUCCAAGUCGUGUCGAUUUCAUGGACAUGGACGAGAAACUGUUCAAGGCACGACCCAAGGCGGUCGCAGCUCUUCUUCGGAUGGGUCACCUUGAUCGGGACGAGGACAUGUCAGAUAUGGAGAGUCUUCAGUCUCAGGACGAGGACCGCGCGUGGCGGUCAUUUGUCUCCUCUCCCAACUCGACCACUCCGCCUUCUCCGAGCGCCGGCUCGUCUGAUUCUUCGACUUCCCCGUCCUUGUUCACGACCUCACCGGUUCUGAGGCAACGGAUGAACCGCAAGACCAACACUGCGACGACGGAUCACCCCUCGUCAUCCAUGAGCUCUGAGCAACAGCAACAUUUGCUGAACGGAUUGCGGAUCCAGUCUGCGUGUUUGCCUCAAGACUUGGAGUUGAGCAUGAACGGAGGAGGAGCAUCCGAUUCUUCUUCGCCGCCUUCACCAUGCUUACCCGAGCCGUUUGACAUCCUCACGUCGAUACCGCCUAGAUUGAUAACCAAAUAUGCAUCCUCAUCUUCGCCAUCUAUUUGA